AUGUCCACCAAGGACGCCCAUCUUUACGGCGCAAAAGCAAAAGGUCGCCUAAAGGGAAAAGAGAUAUCAAGCUCCAGUAGUCUCGCCUUCACUUCGACGCUCUCGAACCUCAUAAAAGCAUCAUCGUCCGACUCCAGCAAACCUGUCGCUGGCCGCUCACGAUCGCAAAAGGAAGACAUUUUCAAAACACACAAUAAGAACGUCAAGAAGCGCGCACUCAAAGAUCUAGAGGACUCGGACUCCACACAGAAACAUCGUGGGCGCACAGUCGAAGAGAAGGGCGAGGAUGAGGCCGUAUGGAAGCGCACCAAGCGGCGCAUGGAGGAGAAGGCGCGCUUGUACGACGCCCUGAAGCGCGGUGACAUUGAAGACGUCGACGACAAAUACGGCGUAGACUUUGAUGCAAAGUGGGCCGAGGCACAAGAAAAGGGCGAGAAAGCAGAGUCAUCGUCUUCUGAUUCAGAAGCGUCAGAAGAGGAAGAGCUGGUGGAAUACACGGACGAGUUUGGUCGCACACGAAAGGGAACACGUGCAGAGGCUGCUCGCGAAGAACGUCGAAAACGAACCCUUGCCGCUGACGAGCCUGAUCGUUUUACCGCACGCCCAGCCAUGCCGGCAACCAUCAUCUACGGCGAUACUGUGCAGACCAACGCUUUCAACCCCGACGAGACAAUUGCACAGCAAAUCGCGGAGCUGGCAGCCAAGCGCGACAAGGAGCUCACACCACCACCGGAACUGCAUUUUGACGGUAAAGCAGAGGUGAGACAGCGUGGCAUGGGCUUCUUCCACUUCUCCAAGGAUGAGGAGGAGCGGCGGGAGCAAAUGAGCAGGAUUGAAAAGGAGAGGGAGGAGACGGAACGUGCGAGGAAGGAACGGAAAGAGCAGAUUGAGAAGAGGAAGGAGAUGAUCAGGGAGAGGAAGAGGGCUAUACAGGAGAAGAGAAGUCAGGGAAAGGCGGAGAAAUUCUUGGAUGAGUUGGGCGCUGAGCUGUUCCAAGAGGAGGCUAAACCUGAAGGAGACGCAGUUGUUGAAGAUGAGAAGGGAAAGUUUUGA